UGUGUGUGUGUGUGUGUGUGUGUGUGUGUGUGUGUGUGUGUGUGUGUGUGUGUGUGUGUGUGCAUAUUUGACAAAAUGUGAUGGGAUGAGAGAAGGCAGUAAGGUAGUGUUGUUGCAGUAAUUGGUCAGGAAGUUGGCUGCUUAGGACCUGCGUCUUUCGCUCGCUAUCCCUCUCUAUCACACACUGCCUCCCUCCCUCCCUUCCUCCCUCCCUCUCUCCCAGUGGGCAGUGUGUUCCAUUGCCUUCCGUUUCCAUCUGUUCUCUCUCUCUCUCUCUCUCUCUCUCUGUCUCUUGCUGUCUCUCUCUCGCACUCUCACUGUCUCUCUCGCUCUCUCUCCAAUCACUCUCCAAUCUCUGUGUGAACUGACCUCAAUGAGGUGUGGACUGCGGAACCAGUUGUCCUGAUUCCAGCCCAGAACUACAAUCUGAUGUUCUCCGAGCGUUGUCCUCGCAUGGUUCUCAUCGUGUAUGAGAAAACGAAACGUUUCUUUUGUUUGAUUUUCUCUCCAAAUACUUUGGACAUGGGACUAACUGGUGAAAGGAUACUGGGGUACCAGCGUCUGACAGCAGGCUAGUCCCAGGCUCUCUGUGAUGACUACAACUACCCGGCUGAUGCGCUGCCUCCGCUCCCAGAGAUCCCUCCGGUCUGUGGCGCGGCGCUGACCUACCCCGUCUCCCGCCACGUGCCGCUGCGCUACUGCUCCGCCCACAGCAUGGACUCGUCCCCGGACAGCGCCGAGCGGCCCAUCAGCUACAGCUCCACGUCCUCGUCGGCCUCGUCGCGGGACAGCCACUGCUCGUUGAUCGGGCGCACGGUGGCGCUGGGGCCCUGCCCCCCCGCGCCCGUCGACCGGGACUCCGGAGCCAUCCGGCUCGAGCUGGUCCCGGCCCGCCAGCUGGGGCGCCGGGACGCCGAGGGGGAGGGAGAGCGGGCCCACAGAGAGGCCGGGGACGGCGGCGGCGGCGGCAGCAUCGGCGUGACGGGGAAACAUGACACUAGGGGAGGGCAGACCUCCACCGGUCACUCAGAGCCAGAGCUCAGCCCGGACGUAGCGGAGCGGGGCGGUCCCGGCACACAGGGGCCGAGGACCUACGUGGACCGGGUGGUGCAGGAGAUCCUGGACACGGAGCGCACCUACGUGCAGGACCUGCGCAGCAUCGUGCAGGACUACCUGGAGUGUAUCAGUAACCAGUCUCGCCUGGCUUUGAACGCUGAGAAUAAAGGUUCUCUGUUUGGAAACAUCCAGGACAUCUACCACUUUAACAGGGACCUUCUUCAUGACCUUGAAAGGUGUAACACAGACCCUGUGGCCAUUGCUGAAUGCUUUGUGGCAAAGAGUGAAGAAUUCCAUAUCUACACCCAGUACUGCACCAACUACCCACGGUCCGUGGCCGUGCUCACCGAGUGCAUGAGGAACAAGGUGUUGGCCAAGUUUUUCCGCGAGCGGCAGGAAUCUCUGCGACACGCCCUGCCUCUGGGCUCCUAUCUGCUGAAGCCAGUGCAGAGGAUCCUCAAGUACCACCUACUGCUGCACGAGAUAGCCAACCACAUGGAGAAGGACACGGAGACCUACGAGGUGGUGCAGGAGGCCAUAGACACCAUGCAGAGAGUGGCGUGGCACAUCAACGACAUGAAGAGGAAGCACGAGCACGCCGUGAGGCUGCAGGAGAUCCAGAGCCUGCUGACCAACUGGAAGGGCCCUGAUCUGAUUGGCUAUGGGGAGCUGGUCCUGGAGGGCACCUUCCGGCUGCAGCGAGCCAAGAACGAGAGGACCCUGUUCCUGUUCGACAAGCUACUCCUGGUCACCAAGAAGAGGGAGGAGAUGUACACAUACAAGGCUCACAUCCUGUGCUGUAACCUGAUGCUGGUGGAGAUCAUUCCCAAGGAGCCGCUGAGCUUCAGUGUGUUCCACUACAAGAACCCCAAACUCCAACACACAGUGCAGGCCAAGUCCCAGCAGGACAAACGCAUGUGGAUCCUGCACCUGAAGAGGCUCAUAUUGGAGAACCAUCCGGCCAAGAUCCCAGCCAAGGCCAAGCAAGCCAUUCUGGAGAUGGAUGCUAUGCACCACCCAGGGUUUCACUUCAGCCCGGACGGGGAGAAGAAGGCCUCGCCUCAGACCCGGGACGGCCCCUCCCCCCGACGGGCCCGGCGGAAGGAGCCUCUGUCUAAGGUAACGAAGAACGGAAAGCAGAGCGGCCCCAACACCGAGGGCCAGAAGCGGACCAGUCUAGGAGCCACCCUGCUCUCCCCGGUGUCCCAGCUGGCCCUGGGCACGAUUGGACGCAGCCGCAGCCUCAUCAACCAAUCCCAAGAGUCCCUGGACCCAUGUGACCACUACGAACACAGCGACAGAGAGGAAGGGGAGGAGCCUCACCAGCAGGACGCUGACGACGAGGAUGACAGUGGCCUGGGCGGCGCGAAGAGGCUGCGGGUCCCUGGAAAGAGCAGCAGGAAGAGGCUGAACCCUCAGGCCUCUGUGGACAGCAUAGACCAGUGGAAGUCCUUCAACAUGAGUCCCUCAGACCUACAGAGGGCCCGGGACUGUCUGGUCCGAGAGGGCAGCCACCACCCGCCCCUCCUCCGGACGCCCAACGUGAGCGAGGAGCCCGCCGAGUCCCCUGCCCCGGCGCAGACGGCCCCGGGAGACCAGCACCAGGUGCGCAACAUCUGGGCGGACCACCGCGCCCGCCGGGCCAUGUUCCCCACCCGCCAGCGCACCAUGCAGCCCGACGACGACGAGGACAUCUACCAGAUGUUCGUGCCCACGGAGGCCGGCGGGCCCGAGCCCGAGACCCCCCCGGCGGCAGGCCCUGAGGCGCCCUCGUCCCCUCGGCCCUGCAGCUGGCACGUGGAGCAGGUGCCCACGGUGCAGGUGGUCCCCCCGCCGGGCAGCCCCGGGCGGCUGCUUCGCCGGGCCAGCAGCGCGGGGGAGAAGGGCAGCGAGCCGAGGCCCCCCGGGACGCCCACGGAGGGGGCCCUCCACACCGAGUCGUCCAGCAAUGACAUCUCGGGGUCGUCUUCGGCCGAGCAGCUGACCACGGACGACAUCGACAACGUCUACGACAACAUCAGCUAUGAGGACCUGAAGAGCAUGGGGCUGGUCCGAAGGGACGAGGAGGGGCGCCCCUCUCGGAGAGACUUGUCUGUAGACAAAUGGGCCUCCAGCAGUGCCACGGGCACUCCGGCAACACCUGGAACACUGCCGGCAACACCUGGAACACUGCCCGCAACACCUGGAACACUGCCGGCAACACCUGGAACACUGCCCGUAACACCUGGAACGCUGCCUGCAACACCUGGAACGCUGCCUGCAACACCUCAAACACUGCCCGCAACACCUGGAAUGCUGCCUGCAACACCUGGAACACUGCCCGCAACACCUCAAACACUGCCCGCAACACCUGGAACAAUACCAAGCAAAUCUGGGACACAUGGCGCUCAAGAUGGUGUUGCUUGUAGUCCGAGGGCCGCAGAGUCUUUAAAGGAACCUGGCAGACCCUCAGAGAGCAACAGCUCCCAGGACGGGAAGCCCUGCGAGCUGAAGAUAGUGGAGGAGGAAAACAUCUACGACACCCUCUGCUUCAGGGAGCCCCCCAGAGCAGAGCUCCGGGGCAGCGCUGAGCGGCUCAUGCAGCAGGAACAGCAGGGGGGGGACGCUCUGUUGGCCUCUGAGCCAGAGUUCAGCGACGGCCUGGGGGGUUUUGUGUCCGAGGAGAGCCUCCAUUUCGGGGAAGAUGAGGGACUGUGCGCCUCUGGCGCGAUGCGGUGCUCCUCUGAGCCGGACUACUCCUCCUCGUCUGCGUCCGAGUGCUUCGUCCAGCACUCGCGCACCGGCGACAAGAUGUCAGAGAGGGUGGACGAGAUCUGGAACGACCUGGAGAACUACAUCAAGGUCAACGAGAAGAAGGCGGACAGACUGCCGGCCGCCUUCCCGGUGGGCUCGGGGGAGGCCCCCAGGUGGCCCUCCUCGGCCAAGAGCAGCCCCACCAGGACCGCCCCAGCCUCCAGCGGCGUGGUCACACAGAGCGGCUCUGCCACCAAGAGCCCCCCAGCCCAGCACCUCGACCCCCCAGUCACCUCCACGGCGGCCACGCCCUCCUUCACCAUCCCCAUCAUCAACAUCCCCGACCCCCUCUGUGAGGACCCCUCUGAGGAGCGGGCUGAGGCAGAGGAGCGCCCCGGCCCCGCCCUCCCCGGCCCCGCCCCGCCCACCGCUCCAGAGCCCGCCCCGGGCACGGUCAAGAGCAUCCGCAGUCGCCUAGCCCGCCUGAGCAGCGGCAGCUUCCGGCUGGAGGACGACGCGCUGGUGGAGCUGCCCCCGCGGCCCGCUACCAGGGAGAGCCAGCUCCAGGACCUGCACGGCCUGUUCCCCGGGGAGCUGGCCGGCCUGGGCGCCCCGCUGGCCUCCUCCUCACUGCUGCUGGGCGAGUCGGUGGACUUCCCCCUGGACCUCAUGGACAAGACCAAGAACCGCGUGUUCCUCAUGGCCCGGCAGUACAGCCAGAAGAUCAAGAAGGCCAACCAGCUGCUGCGCAUGAGGAGCAUGGACCCGGGGGACGCGUGCGGUCGCUCCAGGGACGAGAAGAGGCAGAUGGACCUGGCCGCCAUCCUGGAGGAGAAGAAGCAGGGAGGCGCCGCCAUUGGUGCCAGGAUAGCGGAGUACUCCCACCUGUACGACCAGGUCAUGUUCCCCCCUGGGACCAGCGGCCACGCCUCCCCCUCCCGCCACCCCGGCCUGCCCUCCUCCCCCUCCAUGCCCGAGCGCUCCCUGGAGGACGACUGGCUGCACUCCACCUACAGCAACGGAGAGCUGGCCAGCUUCGUGGCCUGGCCCAACGAGAUGGCCUCCGCCCGGGCCUCCUCCACCCCCCAGCUCCGCCUCAGCCCGGCCUGCUCGGUGCCGGCCCUGAGGACCCAGCCCGGCCCCCCCGCCCUCGCCAGCCCCCAGAGGUGGAGCAGCUGCAUGUCGGCGCCCAGUGAAAAGGAGGAGGAGCACGUGUACAGCACCAUCAAGAGACACCCGCCCCCCGCCGACUCCACAAAGACCCCAGAGCACAGCCGCUGUCGCUCCACCGGCUCCCUGGGAGACCGGGACCAGGAAGAGAGGAACCUGCCGGAGCCCGGCUUAGGGGACUCUCCCCCGGCCCGACACGCGUUGGGCCCCACACGCCCCCCGCUGGGCUGGGCCGGGCGCCAGAGCAGCCUCCCGGAGCAGGGCGAGCUGCGGCGGUCCGGGCUCACCCUGCAGGACCGCCAGCAGGUGGUGGUCCUCCACCGCCAGUCGGCCCUCAGCAUCCUGGCCGCCACCCACAACUACCUGGCCAACUUCAAGGAUGACGGCGACGAUGACGACGACUACGUGGAGAUCCGCUCGGAGGACGAGUGCGAGGGGGAGCGGAGCAGCGGGGGGGAGGCACCGCAGAGCGGGGGCGGACCCGUCCAGACGCAGAGCCUGCCCUGCACGCCGGUGCGCUCCUGCCAGCCGCUGAGCUCGGUGGGGCGGGAGAACCUGGAGAGGUACCUGUGGAGCGAGCCCCAGGAGAACCAGCCUACCCUGGGCCGGGCGCUGAGGGAGAAGUUCCAGUGUCUGAGCUCCAGCAGCUUCGCCUGAGGCUGUAUCACGAGCUGUGUUACCCAACCGGCAGCACUGCGUCCCCGUCAGCUGGGCAUCCGAGCUUGUGCAGAUGCCAAGAUAAAGAGAAGGACAAAGAACAAACUAAAGUUACACUUUAAAUAGCAAUCUCUCAAAUGGUAUAUUUGCAGUUUCCUCCUAGUGCAACCCCAACGACUGCAAUAACUGCCUUCUUACCGUUGUCCUAACAUGCAGUUCAAUGAUGCCAAGAAUCUUGCGUGCGAUAGCAUGUGAGCUGCUGCUGCAUCCAUCCAGAUCUUUAUGCAUGUUUCACUGAUCUAAAUAAACAUAGCUGUUCAAGAGAUUACGCCCUAAUCUUAUAACGAAGCUAUUCAGUCUUUCUAACGCAUCAAGUGCUUCCGCUAUAGAUUGUUAUUAGUACAGCCCAACGGUAUUUUGUCCACUGCAGUCUACACAGGGUUAUAGCCAAGAAAAGUGGACUAAUUGACUGAAUGUGCAUCAUUGUAAAAACACCCCUCCAUUAUUUAUUAUUUACAUUUUAAAAGGAACUUAACUGAAGCGUUCAUGAUCUUGCUUCCUAGCAAGUAUUGAAUCUUUUCUUUUUAAAGCAAUUCUUUUAAACUACCAAUAAGGUUAUUUUAACUGUAUUUACAUUACUAGUUAACCUUAACCUGUGUAAUAUAAAUGAUCCACAAACUUGUUUUCAGUUGUUUCAUGCCUAUUAAACAAUUCUGAACAGGCAGCUUUCAUAAAUAUGCAGUUACAUAUUUGCUUAGGCUGGAUGUGUGGCAGCACUGAAAUAAAGUUUUAAUUUUUUAGGAAAAGCCAACGCAAAAGGACGGAACUAAAAACAGUUGUUUAUAAUGAGAUCCUUCGGAUUUGAAUGUCACCGGACAUCGGGCUUGUACAAAGCUUUGGUCAUUUUGAGGUUACUGCGUUUCUCCUCACCGUGUUGGCCACAUGCUUCUCAAUCAGGCCCAGAUCCAUUUGGGGUAUUGUUGAGGAGCCAUAGGACUUCAUUUGCAGUCAGUCUGCAGAAUAUAUCUUAACCAUAUGUGUCAUCCAUGGUGAUGUAGAAUGUACGUGCAUCUCACAAUCGGGUGUUAUUUAAAACCCAUUCAUUUCAAAAACCUGUGUUACACGAGGGACCAUGGAGAAACGUGUUGCACGCGAGUUGGAAUGGAAGAAAAAUGCAGUACUGUAUUUGGUGUAUUUUAUUUUGUUAUUUAGUUUACUUCAUGGGACACUCCCUACUGUCACGCUACUGGUAUUAAAUCAAACUACCCCCCCCCCCCCUUUCACUCCACUCCCCACGAGACUUCAAGUCAUCAAUGUCAGUCAACUAAAUGUCACAUCACAAUUUAGACUCACUCACUACGUAGCUUGCUUUUUGUUUUUAUUUGACCCACAAUGGUUACAACACCUACUUGAUUUCAAUGUUCAUUUGGGGAAAAGAAAACUUGAAAUCGCUUUGUAAAUGAAAGUACUAUAUAUUUAUUAAAAUGAUGGUGAAAUUUUGGUUUCAGAGCGCACACUAAAUUUGCUUCAAAUACUGUGAAUAUUUCAGUAAAGAUUCUAUUUUGCGCACUGCAUAAAUCCAGUUUCUUGAAAAAGACUGCUUUAGAUGCUUAGAAUGCAACCAAUUGCUCGUUCAUAUCACAAACCAGUUCCAUCAUAGUCCAGUAAAAUGAAGUAUAUUUCUUGUUAUGCCUUUUUGUAUUUUAUUUUCACAGGUGGUGAUUUACAGUCCUCAUUGGCUCUUUUUUGCACUUUCCUUUGUUUUUAGAUGGAUUUGUUUUUCUUGUAAACACUUUGUAAAGAUGUACAUUUUAGGAGAGUUCUUCAUGUAUGUUAUAGUUAUGCUUAAUGAGGCUUUAACGUUUUAAGUUAUGUGUACUGUAUUUUUUAACUGCCUAGCUCAAGGAAACAAUGUACUGGAGGUAAUAAAUACAUUUAAAUUAAACUACUUCAAUGUUUUGA